GGUCAGGGCGGGCCGGCGCUCGGUUCCCGGAAGCUGCUGCCUGCGAGGCUCCCGCCGAGCGGACCGGCGCGCCGGCCCGAGCUCCAGCAUCCUCACCCGGGAGCGCCUCCCGGAGCCGCGCACACCGCCACCGCCACCGCCGUCCCCGCCAGGCCGCGCGUACCCCGGGCAAGAUGCUGCCGGUGCACACCGAGGUGAAACCCAACCCGCUGCAGGACGCCAACCUCUGCUCGCGCCUGUUCUUUUGUUGGCUCAAUCCCUUGUUUAAAACUGGCCACAAGCGGAGACUGGAGGAAGAUGACAUGUUCUCAGUGCUUCCCGAAGACCGCUCAAAGCACCUUGGAGAGGAGCUGCAAGGGUAUUGGGAUAAAGAAGUUUUGAGAGCCAAGAAGGAUGCACGGAAGCCUUCCUUAACCAAGGCAAUCAUAAAGUGUUACUGGAAAUCUUACCUGCUUUUGGGAAUUUUUACGUUAAUUGAGGAAAGCACCAGAGUAGUUCAGCCCAUAUUUUUGGGGAAGAUUAUUGAGUAUUUUGAGAAGUAUGACCCCGACGACUCAGUGGCUCUGCACACAGCUUAUGGCUACGCCGCCUUGCUGUCGGUGUGCACGCUCUUCCUGGCCAUAUUGCAUCACUUGUACUUCUACCACGUGCAGUGUGCCGGGAUGAAGCUGAGAGUAGCCAUGUGCCACAUGAUUUACCGGAAGGCCCUUCGUUUGAGUAACACGGCCAUGGGGAAGACAACCACAGGCCAGAUAGUCAACCUGCUGUCCAACGACGUCAACAAAUUCGAUCAAGUGACAAUCUUCUUGCACUUUCUGUGGGCGGGGCCGCUGCAGGCCAUUGCAGUGACUGUCCUUCUCUGGAUGGAAAUAGGCAUCUCCUGCCUAGCUGGCAUGGCUGUUCUGGUUAUUCUUCUGCCUCUGCAAAGCUGUAUUGGGAAGCUGUUCUCGUCACUGCGGAGUAAGACUGCGGCUUUUACGGAUGCCAGGAUCAGGACCAUGAAUGAAGUUAUCACAGGCAUGAGGAUAAUCAAGAUGUACGCGUGGGAAACAUCGUUUGCUGACCUCAUUACCAGUCUGAGGAAAAAGGAAAUUUCCAAGAUUCUGGGCAGCUCCUACCUCAGAGGGAUGAACAUGGCAUCCUUUUUCAUCGCCAACAAAGUCAUCCUGUUUGUGACCUUCACCACCUACGUGUUGCUUGACAAUGAGAUCACAGCUAGCCACGUGUUUGUGGCCAUGACUCUGUAUGGCGCUGUGCGGCUGACAGUCACGCUCUUCUUCCCCUCAGCCAUCGAGAAAGUGUCGGAGACGGUGAUCAGCAUCCGGAGGAUCAAGAACUUUCUGUUACUUGAUGAACUACCACAGCACAAAGCCCAGGAGCCAUGUGAUGGUAAAGCCAUAGUGCAUGUGCAGGACUUCACUGCUUUCUGGGACAAGGCAUUAGACACUCCAACCCUGCAAGGCCUUUCCUUCACUGCCAGACCUGGUGAAUUGUUAACUGUGGUUGGCCCAGUGGGAGCAGGCAAGUCGUCACUGUUGAGCGCGGUGCUCGGUGAACUGCCUCCAACCAGUGGGCUUGUCAGCGUGCACGGGAGAAUCGCCUACGUUUCUCAGCAGCCCUGGGUCUUCUCGGGAACCGUGAGGAGCAAUAUUUUAUUUGGGAAGAAAUACGAGAAGGAACGAUAUGAGAAAGUAAUCAAGGCCUGUGCUUUGAAAAAGGACUUACAGCUUUUGGAGGAUGGGGAUCUGACCGUGAUAGGAGACCGGGGAGCCACGCUGAGCGGAGGGCAGAAAGCGCGGGUCAACUUGGCACGGGCAGUCUACCAGGAUGCUGACAUCUACCUCCUUGACGAUCCCCUCAGCGCUGUCGAUGCAGAAGUGGGGAAACACCUGUUCCAGCUGUGCAUCUGUCAGACCUUGCACGAGAAGGUCACCAUUUUAGUGACUCACCAGCUGCAGUUCCUGAAAGCUGCAAGCCACAUCCUGAUACUAAAAGAUGGACAAAUGGUGCAGAAGGGGACGUACACCGAGUUUCUGAAAUCUGGUGUAGAUUUUGGCUCCCUUUUAAAGAAGGAGAGUGAGGAGGCCGAACAUUCCUCAGCGUCAGGAACUCCAACACUCAGGAAACGAACCUUCUCCGAGUCCUCAAUUUGGUCCCAGCAAUCGUCCAGACCCUCUUUGAAAGAUGGGGCUCCAGAGGGCCAAGAUACAGAAAAUGCACAGGCAGCGCAACCAGAGGAGAGCCGUUCCGAAGGGAAGGUGGGCUUCAAGGCCUACAAGAAUUACUUCACUGCUGGUGCAUCUUGGUUUUUCAUCAUUUUCCUUAUUCUGCUCAACAUGGCAGCUCAGGUUUUCUAUGUUCUUCAGGACUGGUGGCUUUCCUACUGGGCGAACAAGCAAGGUGCUCUGAACACCACCAAAAAUGGGAAUGGAAAUGUCACCGAGACCCUAGAUCUUAACUGGUACUUAGGAAUUUACGCAGGUUUAACUGCCAUUACAGUCCUUUUUGGCAUAGCAAGAUCCCUAUUGGUAUUCUACGUUCUUGUGAAUGCUUCCCAAACUUUGCACAACAGGAUGUUUGAAUCAAUCCUGAAAGCUCCAGUAUUGUUCUUCGAUAGAAAUCCAAUUGGAAGAAUUUUAAAUCGUUUCUCCAAAGACAUCGGACAUAUGGAUGACUUGCUUCCCCUGACGUUUCUAGACUUCAUCCAGAUGCUGCUCCUUGUAGUAAGUGUGAUAGCCGUGGCGGCCGCAGUGAUUCCUUGGAUUAUAAUCCCCUUGGUCCCACUCGCCAUCAUCUUCUUGUUUCUUCGGAGAUAUUUCUUAGAAACGUCAAGGGAUGUCAAGCGCCUGGAGUCCACAACGCGGAGUCCCGUCUUCUCCCACCUGUCCUCUUCCCUCCAGGGACUCUGGACCAUCCGGUCAUACCGAGCUGAGGAGAGGUUCCAGGAACUGUUUGAUGCGCACCAGGACUUGCAUUCAGAGGCCUGGUUCUUGUUUUUGACGACAUCGAGAUGGUUCGCCGUGCGUCUGGAUGCCAUCUGUGCCAUUUUUGUCAUCGUUGUUGCCUUCGGGUCCCUGAUUCUGGCAAAAACUUUGGAUGCUGGGCAAGUUGGCUUGGCCUUAUCCUACGCCCUCACACUCAUGGGGAUGUUCCAGUGGUCUGUGCGACAAAGUGCCGAAGUGGAGAAUAUGAUGAUUUCUGUGGAGAGGGUGAUUGAAUACACAGACCUAGAAAAGGAGGCGCCUUGGGAGUACCAGAAACGCCCACCCCCAGGCUGGCCCCACGAAGGGGUGAUCGUGUUUGACAAUAUGAACUUCACCUACAGCUUAGAUGGGCCUCUGGUACUCAAGCACCUGACCGCACUCAUCAAAUCCAGAGAAAAGGUUGGAAUUGUGGGGAGAACAGGAGCUGGAAAAAGUUCCCUCAUCUCAGCCCUUUUCAGAUUGUCAGAACCUGAAGGAAAAAUUUGGAUUGAUAAGAUCUUGACAACAGAAAUUGGACUGCAUGAUUUAAGGAAGAAAAUGUCAAUCAUACCUCAGGAACCUGUUCUGUUCACUGGAACAAUGAGGAAAAACCUGGACCCCUUCAAUGAGCACACUGAUGAGGAGCUGUGGAACGCCUUAGAAGAGGUACAACUUAAAGAGGCCAUUGAAGACCUCCCUGGUAAAAUGGAUACUGAAUUAGCAGAAUCUGGAUCCAAUUUUAGCGUUGGACAGAGACAGUUGGUGUGCCUUGCGAGGGCGAUUCUAAAGAAAAAUCGGAUAUUGAUCAUUGAUGAAGCAACAGCAAAUGUGGAUCCAAGAACUGAUGAGUUAAUACAACAGAAAAUCCGGGAGAAGUUUGCGCAGUGUACGGUGCUUACCAUUGCUCACAGACUGAACACCAUCAUUGACAGCGACAAGAUAAUGGUUUUGGAUUCAGGAAGACUGAAAGAAUAUGAUGAGCCAUAUGUUUUGCUACAGAAUCCAGAGAGCCUCUUUUACAAGAUGGUUCAGCAGCUGGGCAAGGGCGAAGCCGCUGCCCUUACCGAAACAGCAAAACAGGUGUACUUCAGAAGGAAUUAUCCAGAUAUUACUCUCACCAGCCCUGUGGUUAUGAACCCCUCCAAUGGACAACCCUCAGCCUUAACCAUUUUUGAAACAGCUUUGUGACUAUCGAGCCGCGGAGCCUGUUCCGGAGGCGUCCCCCCUGCGGGGUUUGCACUUUGUAGACUACAGCAAGCACACUUGGUUUUCACUCUGCAACAAAUCCUUCACAUACAAGAUACUGGUGUCUUUAUUCAGUGAUUUCAGGUUCUAACAAAUUGGUCCAUUGUUUUAUUUAAAUGUUCCAGCUGUGCUUUACAAAUCCGAUUCUGAGGUGCCGGCCACCGACAGCAGCCGUCUCCCAGGUUUUGUGCCUUAACAGACUCGGGCCAAAGCCCAUUUGUUUCAUAAGCUGCCGCGGCAGUUUGUUUCUCCUGUUGCCUUCGGAAGUACACUUUGCAGUUCUGUCAGGGAUCUAUUUACUUGAAGACUGUGUGCAGUUGCCAGCUUGCUCCCCUUUCGCUGACAUAGCUCGGACCCGUUACUUUCCCCCAACGGCCUAUGACUAAAGUAGUACAGGAGACAUACACAAGAGCACGAAAAGAUACAUAAUUUGAGUGACAUUGCAGUAGAGAGAGACUAUCCCGCCACUCUGCACACACAGAGAUAUAUGGCUAAAGAGCAAGAGGGCAUUUCUGUUGGAAAAUAAAAUUGUGCUUUCUGAGUGGGAGCCCUGAUAGGUUUUCUGAUGAAGAGUGUGCAAAUGUCCCUUCCCAUUUAAAUUGGUGUGAGUCAAAAUGAACUGCUCCUGGGCUGAUGGACUAGGCAUUGUGGUCUUUUCCCUGGAACAGUGACUCUCAAAUGGGUAGUAUUAAUCUCAUUCAGCUUCUGGUUUACAGAAGGGAAAUAUCCUAUUGGCUGUAAGCUUUUUGUGAAAUCCUUUCAAAUUGACAUGCAGAGGUUCUCCUCACAUAGGGAGAACCCUGAAAGUCGUUGCAGACAUCGGCUGUAAUUAUGUAUUACAUUCUCAGGAUACAUCAAGAAGCUUCACUUUCAAGAACCCAUCUAAAUUAGUUUACUUCUGGUCACUAAUGGCAGGUCUUGGGGACCUUCUGGUUAGUCAAUCAACAACCACAACACUUCCUAGGACCUGCUGUACUUCAUGUAACUACAGGUCUUAAAUUUUUCUGGAUGGUGGUAUCCAUGGUAUAUGUUGAGUUCAAGUUACUACAGGUUUUACUGUCAUGAUUUAAAGUGGACCCUUCAUGAUCUGUCACAAUAAGCCACCCUCAAGUUACAUAUGUUAAUAUAUAGACACAUGUAGGAUCAUGUUGGAUAUGUCAGUAUAUAUAAAUACAUAUAUAUGUAUGUAUCAGGUUUUUAGACUAGUUAACAGAAUGAAGCCUGUUUUAUAAAAUGAAACCUCAAGAAGCACACACAUAGCAAAACACCAAAACAUACAGCGUGCAGUGGCUGUUCCACUCUGGGUAUUCAGAAGUCUGUAAUUAAUGUAAUAAUGUUCAGUCCCAUAAAUGAUGUCCAUUCGUUCCUGAGCAAUCAUGGUUAGUGUUUCAAGAGACUGAGAUGCAUCAAUGACAAUAAGAAGGUCUGUUUAAAUAUUUAGAAAUGUUUUAAAUGUAUAUAUGUGUUCAUUUGGUCUUUAGAAAUUAAAGCAGUCAUAGAAACGUG